AUGGCAGAAGAAAAUCACCAAGAUCGCCGUCCUACUCGACAGCAUGAUGGUGGUAACGACGACAAAACCCGACAGAACCCACAGAACCAACAAGACCAACAAGACAUCAUCAAGGUAGAGCCCGCCGAAGAUGACCUGGCUGACGGCGGCAGCGAGCCCUCCGAUCGACCGAGUCAGCGCGACCGGACUCGAAUGCAAGAUGGCAAUGAUGACCGCGAAGGCAGGUUACCAACCCAUGGCGGUGGAAGCUUCGACGGCAGGCACUUUGAGAACGGCUUUCAACCGUGCAACAACUGCGUGCCGAAGGGAAAGCCUGGCAGGUGUAGUGGCAAUGGCUUUCCGUUCAGUCGAACGAAUCCCUGCGAUGAAUGCAGCCGUUCAAAGGACAAGAAUGGCAAUCCGCUAGAAUGCGGUGCCCUCAAGGGCGCACGCAAACAAGGCUUGGUCAACGGUGUCUUUGAUCCGAGAGACCGCCAGCCGAACGGGCGAGGACGCGGGCGCGGGCGCGGGCGCGGGCAUCACUACUCACAGCCCAUACAUGCCUCACAGCCCGCACAUGCCUCACAGCCCGCACAUGCCCCAUGGCCCGCACAUGCCCCAUGGGCCGCACAUGCCCCAUGGGCCGCACAUGCCUCACAGCCUGCACAUGGCCCACAGCCUGCACAUCCCGAAAUGCCCGCGCAGCCUCCUGGAGGCGUUUCUGAGGAGAGGAUGCAGGCCAUGCUGGACAAGCAAGCCUUUCAUCUCAAGUUCGCAGAGCAGGAGCGCAGGCUCGCAGAGCAGGAGCGCAAGCUCGCAGAGGAUGAGCGCAAGCUCGCAGAGCGGGAGCGCAGGCUGGCAGAGCAGGAGCAUAAGCGCAACAUGGAGAUCGAAUUAGAUCGCCUCCGAGCAGAUCAAGAUCGCCAGCAGUCUCAACGCGAACUAGAGUUUGGUCAGAGGAUGGCCCCAUAUUCGGCUGGGAUGACUUCCAGGAAACGUGCUCGCUCCCCUGAGCAAGACGACCGACAGCAGAUGCACAUCAAGCCCAAUUUCGCCGCGAAUGAUCCGAGGAUUCGUGCCGCACAGAGCAUGGGACCAAACAGUCCAACCAUCGGGAGCCGUGGUAGUAGUCGCGGUCAACGUGCACCGCCGUCCUYCUACCCGAACGAUCCUUCUUUUGGUCGUCGGGCACCGCCAUCGAUGGGACCAAACGAUCCUUCUUUUGGACCCAAUCAGUCCAUGCUGCCACCGAGUUUCGAUGAAGCCGAGGAACUGUUCAACAUGAAACCAUCCGUAUCACCACCACCACCAUUUGCACAGAAUGCUCCGCCCACCUCAGGCGGCAACCCUACCACGCAUGGAGAUCCUCCACCAUCAGAGAAUGUUCACGGACAGUCUUUUGGCGACGCUCGCGGCGGCACAGGUUCCCGCGGCACAGGUUCUCGUGGUGGCCUUGGUUCUCGUGGUGGCCGUGGAAAUUCUCGUGGCCCUGGCAAUGGGGCAGGUCGCGGCUCCGGCGGCGGCGCGAAAAGGCAGUAG